GACUAGUAUGUAGCCGAAGAAUAGCAUUUUGACCUCUGCUCCGAGACUUCCUGAUCUUCACCUUAUAAAUACCAAGAAGUCAGGGAGCAGGGAGCCCAAGAUUCCUCAGGCCAGCUCUGCCUGCCCACAGCGAGGAUAAUGAUCUCCAUGGCUGCCCUCUCUUUCCUCAUCAUCAUUGCUGCUGCCCUUGGAUCCCAGGCCAGCAUCAUUCCUGAUUCAAAGAUUACAGAACGCCUGAGAUUAAGCCAUCGAACUGAUGAUUCAAGAUUUCAUUACUUAGGCAUUCACCGUCCUGCUGACUGCUGCUUCUCCUACACGUCACGAACUAUCCGGUGUAAACUCAUGAGAAGUUAUUUUGAGACAAGCGGUGGGUGCCCCCAGCCAGGAGUCAUCUUCAUCACCAAAAACGGACAACGUGUCUGUGCCGACCCUAGAGAUGAGAGAGUUCAGUAUUGCAUGUCAAUCCUCACUAGGACCCCACCGCGCAAUAACCUGCAGACACUACAACUUGCCUAGGACAUAGAACAAAAAUUACCAGCCACCUUACCUUCAGCUUUGUUGCCCCAACUACCUUCUGGGACUUUCCUGGCUUCAAUUGUUUUUUAAAAAACAAUACUUAUUCUUCUUUUUAAAGUGGGUCAAUAAACAGUAUCUGCAUGGA